AUGGCGCGAAAGGUGGUUGCCUCUCCAGGGAAUGGUCUAAAAUACGAGCAGGCUGCGUGUCCAACAAAAUGCGCCAAAGAAGUCUGUCACGGCUGCUUCUCACGGAGAGGAAAGGAGGGAGGGUCUCAGCUGAGCUCUGUUCUCCAGCUCUACCUCCAACUGGAAGACCCUGACAUCACUUAGGAAGUACCCACCAUGGACCCCCUCAGUCUGCUGGCCAAGGUUACAUUUAACUGUUUCACCAUCAGUGACGGGGAACGACAAGAGAUCGGAGUGGGACUCUACCCCAGUAUGUUGUUGCUGAACCAUGACUGCAGAUCCAGCUGUGUGAUGCUGUUUGAGGGAAAAACACUCCACCUCCGAUCCAUCAGAUGUGACUGGGAAGAGCUCUUACAGUAGUGUAGUUAUAUUCUGGCUCCAGUGGGUCCCGCUGUCCCUGCUGUCCCUGAUGGUAAUGUAAACAGUCUCAGGGUGACAGACCUAGCCCUGGACGCCUGCAUUAACCUGGCCCACAGGGACACAGCACUGGCCUAUGGCACCAAGACCCUGGAGCCUUACAGGCAGUACUACCCAGACCCCCACCCUGCCCACACCAUCCAGCUGAUGAUGGUGGCCAAGAUUCAGCACUUCCUGGUUCGCCUGGAGGACGAACAGCACAAACUGAGACUGUAUGACAUCAUGAAGGCUACCGAUGGCAACCAGCACCCCUUGACCUCUGACCUCAUCAGGAUAUUGGAGGAGUGUCAGGUGGAGAUGGACUGCGCCUAGCAACCCGCCCUAGGUAGGGGAUUUGAGAAGUCCAUGGCUGUUCAGAAAGUAGUACAUGUUGUUGUAUUGCAUAUGAUGGUGGUGCAG